ACCAAACAUCAAACAAUGUAAACAGGUUUCAAAAUUUCAAGUCAAGUAAUUUUAGAGAAUCGCAACAUGUCACACAGAAACGAGCCGGCUCGAGAACGGAGGCGAAUGCAGUUGAAGCAACGUGGAAGUCUGUCAUCUCUACCUCUGAACGACUUCAAGAAACGGAGGUUGACUUUGGAGAACCACUUCGGGUGGAUUGCGAUGCAGAAGUGUCAAGUGGGGGAUGGGAGGAUACCUAAAUACCCUCAGGUUGUACAAUACCAUGAGAAGCCUCACGUAGAAGGACCUGACUACCAGAAGGUCACCUAUGUCUUGUACCUGAACGAAAAGGCGGACGCCCUCGGAAAGAAGGAGAAAGAGGUCCAAACCUCUCCUAGAACAGUGACUACGGCGGGAGACGUCAAAUUUCCUCAGGAGCCACCGAUAAAACAUAGAGUGAUCGAGGAGGAGGAUGAAUAUAAGGAGCUAUUACUAAAAGAGGAGAAACCACCCAAAGAAGAGAAGAAGAAAAAGGAGAAGAAAAAGGAGGAGAAGAAAAAGGAGGAGAAGAAAGUAGAGAAACCACGAGACAAGUCUCCAUCGGGAAAGAAGAAGUUGAUCAAGGAAUUUUACAAGAGAGACCGAUCUGCUUCCGGAGAUAGAAUCUUCCGACCGAUAGAUGACGAUAGGAAUCAGAUGGAAGAAAAUCCAGUGGUGGUUGAAAACUAUACGACGGACUACGUGCCUCCGGGCAACAAGAAACCCAAAACUGAGAAGGGGCGGAGCAAACCCAAGAGUUGGCAGUUGAGGGCGGAGGCAGGGAGUGAUGUGGAGGAUCAGGUCGUCGAUUAUGAAGGGUACGAGAGGGUGCAGAGAUGGGAGAUGUCGACGAAGGAAGUUCGGUGGGAGCCUACCAAGCCAGAGUAUUUGUAUGUGCCCAAGAGACGUGGGACUACUUGGUUGAGGGAUUGUUAAAUAAAACUUUAAAUUGCACUAAUUAA